AUGCCUGAUAAAAAGGACCAGGGCGCGCCAGCAGAAGACAUGUCCAGCAUUAUUGCCCAGCUGACCCCGCUGCUCGAGCAUCAGACAAACGUAACUCCAGCAGCCAGUUUCCGUUUGCAGCUCUCUGUGCCUGCAUAUGAAGGCCACACAGAUAAGAAAUCGGUGGCAGACUUCCUUCAGGAAAUGCAAGAUUACCGCGAUGCGGAAGCCAUUACGGAUGACGUUCUUCUUCAGCGCGUCUUGCCCGUCGCCCUGACUGGGUCUGCCGCCCGCUGGCGUCGUCGCCAGUCAUUCCAAAGUUGGGCGCACUUUGAGCAGCUACUGCGAGCAGAAUUCCUCCCCCCCGACUACGUUGUCCGCAUGAAAGACGAGCUUCGCGCCUGUAGUCAGGCGGAGGAGGAAAGCCUCCAAGAAUACAUACGGUCCUUUCAGGAGCUUUACGAGCGCGCAGACCCUUCAGCAUCCGAAACAGAAAGAGUCACUCGGGCAAUCCGGCAAUCUCACCCACGCUUCCAGGCUUAUCUACGGGGCCGCACCUUCUCUUCGCUUGACGAUCUCGCUAAAGCGGCAUCCGAUAUUCUGGCGGCGAUGUUGGCAGAGAUAACUUACCAGCCUCCACCCCCGCCUCAAGCCUUCCUCGAGCCGUCUUGCGCGUGGCGCAGUUCUCCAUUUGCAAGCCCGAGGGAUAUGGUACCGCCUCCAAUGGCGCUGGAUCCAUUCAUUCACCGCACCUUUGCCACCCAGGUAACUUUCCGGCCUCCGGUCCCGGAACCUGCCACAACGUUGCGAGACACUCGGGGCCGCAGCAGGCCUGUAGUCGCUGCCGCCCAAUCAGGCGCAGCAGAUACACGCAGGAGCAUUCCAGUCUGCUUCCAGUGUGGAGGACGAGGCCACUACAAGAGCCAGUGCCCGAGCCCCCCUGGCUCCCGCCAGCAGGGAAACGACGAGGGCCGGCGGUGGUGA